AUGGAGAAAUCACUCCCAAAGCUCGCCAUCCCCGGGCAGCAGCUCGCUCCCACAUCUGCCUUCACAUCUGGCCCCGGCACCCACAUCCACAACGGCGUCAUCUGCGCCUCGAUCGCCGGACCCAUCUUGGUCGAACAGCGCGCUAAAUCCAAAUCGACCCUGACCAUCUCUCGCUCAAACAUCCAAUCCUCCCACUCCUCACCAACCACCGGCCUCGCCUUAAACACCCAGAAGCCCACGCAACUAAAACACAACACCCUGCCGGCGGUCGAUUCCAUCGUGCUCGCCCGCGUCACGCGCGUCCAGAAACGCCAAGUCACGCUCUCCAUCCUCGUCGUCCUGGACCCUUCUUCCACCACCACCACCACUCCUUCCAGCGACAACGACAACCUCCCCGCCAUCCUCACCACCCCGGCCAACCCCGAAAACCACAACACCGCCGACGAACUGCGCUUCCAGGCGCUGAUCCGCAAGGAAGACGUGCGCGCCGUCGAGAAGGACCGCGUCGUGCUCGAGGAUAUGUUCCGGGUCGGCGACGUGGUGCGCGGCAGCGUGAUUUCGCUGGGCGAUCAGAGCUUUUAUUACCUUACUACCGCGCGGAAUGAUUUGGGUGUUGUUAUGGCCAGGAGCGAGAUGGGGAAUAUGAUGUUUCCCGUUAGUUGGAAGGAGAUGAGGGAUCCCGUGACGGGGGUCGCCGAGGCGAGGAAGGUUGCCAGGCCGUUUUGA